ACCUAGGAGUCCAGCGGCGCCCGGACCAGCAGCGAUUGGUAGGUGAAGGGAAUAGUGUCCCUUCCCUCUCGGCCCGUACUACUAUUCCGGGAGCGUUUGUGUCCACUGGUUUGAGCCUUCCUUGUUUCAAGGCCCUAAAGAACCCAUACCCCUGAUACCAUUCCCCAUCCGCCCCCCUUAAGGACGUUUCAUUCCUCUAAAGCCCUCCCAGCGAGGCCUCCAGCUAGUUUACAGUCCUGCCCCGGAGUAACCCCUUCCUCGGAGCGUCCUUUCCUCGCCCUUGGUGAAGUUGCGUCGGGCUGGUUGACAAGUCCUUACUGCUCAUACUGCGCCUUCACAGAUCCCCACACCCCAUUCCUGCGCAAAGGAAUUUCGAAUGCCUUGGGAAGAGGAAUCAGAAUUUACAAAGCAGGAUAAGGCUGCCAGAGUCAUUCAGCAGGCCUGGAAAAGUUUCCUUGCAGAGCUUCUAGAUGCUGCUGCUGGCAUUCAUGUGCGAUUCAGAUUAGGUGGAGUUAAAUUUCCACCUGAUAUAUACUAUAAGAUUUUUACUCACAGACCUAUUGAAGAUCUGUGUGCUAACAGCCCUAGAAAUUAUGCAAAACUUCCAGCAAAGCAUACAUCUUGUAAUAAAAAUGAUCAUCUUCAGGAAGAGGAUCAUAGUGGCUGGUAUCAUCGUAUAGAAAACAAUGGCUGGAGGCCAGUUUCUGAUACGUUUUGGCUAUCUACUGAUGGUAUGGUGGUGGAAGACAAAAAGGAAAGUGAAUUCCAUUUCUCUAAACUGAAGAGAAGGCAAGACUUGGAAAAGAAAAGAAAACUUAGAAAAAUAGAGUGGAUGAGGCAAAUGUACUACUCGGGAAGUCUGGAGGCUAAGUCAACACAUCGUGAAACUCUAGGACUAAUUCACACUGCAACAAAGGGGCUGAUGAGAGCUUUUGAAGAUGGGGGGAUAGAUUCUGUGAUGGAAUGGGAAGUGGAUGAAGUGCUGAACUGGACGAAUACACUGAACUUUGAUGAGUACAUUGCCAGCUGGAAGGAAAUUGCUACAAGCAACUCUUCGGCUAACUUCAAAGGUUUAUCAAAUCUAGGAUUUUCUCACAUUUGCUGGGGAAGAGAUGAAGCUCCCCCGUGUGUGCUUCACUGACCCGAAAUCCCUCCCACCAUCAAGAUGACUGUUAGCUGGUUUAUCACGUUCUUGUAUUUUUUAGUAUAUUUUUAUUUCAAAGCUAUAUGUACACAAAUAGUUUUAAGUAUUAGGUGAAAAAAUUAUGAUACUAUAUGUAUUCUUCUGUAAUUUGGUUUUUUAUUCAAUACUAUUUUAUCCUAACUAUGUGAGCAUAUUUAACUCUACAUCAUUGAUUUUAACAGCUAUAUACUACAUAAAUACAACAGUUAUCCAAUCUGCAUAUUAACAUUUACAUUGUUUCCACAUUUCCAUGAAAUACUGCUGCAAUGAAAUAAACUACUCGUGAACAUAUUUCAGUGUCUCUAGGCAGGGGUGGGUGUCCAAUCUUUUGGAUUCCCUGGGCCACAUUGGAAGAAUUGCCUUGGGCCAUACAUAAAUACGCUAACACUAAUGAUUGCUGAUGAGCUAAAAGAGAAAAAAAAAAAACUGCUGAUGAGCUAAAAAAGAAAAAAAAACUGCGAAAAAAAAUCUUAUGUUUUAAGAAAGUUUACAAAUUUGUGUUGGGCUGCACUCAAAGCCAUCCUGUAGGCUGCAUGUGGCCUGCAGGCUGUGGGUUGGACAAGUUUGCUCCAGGGUAUAUACCCAGGAAUUUAACAGCUGAGCCAGAGGAGAUGUGCAUCUUCAACUCGGUUAACCAGAUAUUGCCAGUAACUAUUCAAAGUGGCUGUACUCAUUUAUAUACCCACCAGUAGAGUUAUUCUAUAACUUUCCCAAUACUUAAUAUUGUCAGACUUUUUAUAUUUUGCUAAUCUGAGGGUAAGAGUAUUUCACUGUGGUUUUAAUUUGUAUUUUCCAGAUUACUAGAAAAGUUGAAUAUCAUUGUAUUCUUCAUAUAAAUCCCUUGUUCUUUAUAUUAAAAUGAUCCUUUUUGUUCUAAUUAACAUUAUUAUAUUCAUUUUCUCA